AUGGAGGCGUCACCGCUGACUCGCCAGCCUCAGCCAGAGGUCUUUGUCCCCAAGAUUGUCGAGCUCUACUCAACCCUUUUCAAGGACGAUGACGACGGCGACAAAUCGGAAGGCUUCUGGCGGGAGUUUUUCCUGCUGCGACCCGAUCGGCCGACGCUGAGGAAGAUAUUAAACGAUAUCCACCCGGCCGACCUGCUGCUCUUGGAGGGGCGCACGAGGGAGCUCUUCAGCAAGGCGAUUGCGGCGGUCAAGGAUGGCAAGGGCUCAGCUCCGUUGUAUGCUCUUGAUACCCUGAGCGUCUUCCUCGCAUGCGUAUUGACCAAGAAACACGCGCAUCCGAGCUCCGACAUCAUAACUAUACUGGCCGGCCUCGAUCACGUUGACACGGUAUUUACGGAUUUUGUGAGCACUCUCGACGGGAUUAUACGGAAUGGGACAAACUGUGUGUACACCUUGGAUCUGCGCCACAAGGCUAUCGAGGUGCUGCUGGCCGUCUCGGCGGGAGCAUAUCAGACGACGCUCUUGACGUACAUGAUACAGAGGGACUUGUUCCCGUCAAUUAUGAAGUUUAUCCAAAGCUCGGAGCAACCUGAUCAAGACCUGGAACCUUUUAUUCUGCUGGGGAUACUUGCCAACUACAACAAGUUUGAAUUCCAAAAUCCGUACCAGCUACGGCUAAACGACUUUGUCAAUGAAGCCGUCAUUCAAAAGGUUGUUCGCUGCAUCGGAAACGCAUGCCAGACACUGCGAUCUGAUUAUGUCGACAUCCAAGAGGAUCUCCCCGAGGGCUGGACGUUGAGCAGCACUUUGAACAUGAUUGGCUUGGGAGUCAUUUCGCCUGGGCCAAAGCCCGAGAAGAAGCCAGUGUAUGAUGCUACAACGGCAAAGCAACUGUUUACAAAACUGCCCGGCCAAACUGCUGCUGUUCUCCUAGCAACAUAUGAUUUCUCCCACGCAAAUAAGCUGUUUUGCUUCCAUCUCGUGACCCUGCCCAGCGAAAAAGACAAAGAGCGCCCAAUAUCUAGCUUCCUAUCACUCACCUCCUAUCUUCUGCAACACUCUCACCUGUCGUCUCGAGCAACGUACUAUUCGCAUCUGAAUCUGAUGGUGCUCCGUCUUCUUAUUGAAGACCCGGCCAUUUGCAAGAAGAUUUGUAGCGACGAAUCCAAGACGCAUGUACGGCUUUGUCGACAACGGCCACCGCACUUGCCCUUGGUAAAGGGAGAUCGUGUUCUUGCAACGUGCGUCCUCGAUACGAUGCUAGAUGGUAUCAACCACAAUUUGAAAAGACGGCUGGACGUCAGUCUAUACGUUCUCUGCUUGGGUAUCAUGCUCCGAAUCAUUUCCUAUCUUUCGCGGUCACGAACACGAUUGGAUUACCAUUGGUCAGAGUUUUUCCGGUCUUUGCUAUCGCUCAUACGUUUCCUUAACACGUAUGCCUCGGAUUUGAAAGACUUGCAGCACAUCGAAACCGUCCUCGACCACGUCGUCAAUCUAGUCGCACUGUCAUUAUCCGCUGGUGAAGCCUUCCUACCGACUCCUGCCGCAUACGACGAUCUCUUCUACAAGGUGUUCGAAUCAGGCGAAGUCCUCACAUCCUUUAAAGAAAAUUAUCGUCUGGGGAACCGCAACAGCAACUCAAUCGAUACGCUCAUCAACGUCAGCGCUCACUACAAACAGAUAUUGACCGAGAGAGGCUCUUCGGAGAAGAAGCUGCCGGCCAACCUGACGACGCACCAGGUGGCUGAGGUCAUCAAGCAGGGCUACGAGACGCUGAGCAUCCAGGCAAAGGAAGGUCUGGAUGGAUGGGAGCGAUACCGAGAGGCGGACGAGAAGAUUUUGUUGAAAAAGCUAGGGAGGACGGCUGUUGGCGAUGUGAUGAGUAUGGUGGAGCGACAAAAUUACUAAGCCUGACUUUUGCUUCCUGAUUAGUAUAUAAAACAUUUUCUUUGCCCCUUUUGUUCUUGAGCUACUAGUUGUUUUAAUCUUCUACUAGCGGUUUUUAAUCUUUA